AUGGGAAUUAGAGAGCGUGAAGCGGAGAGGAUCCUGAAAAGAGAGAUCAAAAGGCGAAGAGAGCUGGAGGAUAAGCUCUCAAAGCUAGAAUCCAACCUUCAGAAUAAGGACUCUUGUACGGCUCGAGAAGAUAGUCCACUGGGGGGAGAAGACCUAUUCUUUGAGGAUAUCAUGUGGGCUAAAUUUCUCAGAAACUUUAAAAGCCCCAACAUGAACCUGUAUGAUGGAACAACCGACCCAAAGCAUCAUCUCAGCAACUUCAAGAGUCAGAUGUACUUGGCAGACGGCUCGGACGCUACUCGAUGCAAGGCCUUUCCGACAACACUGACCAAAGCAGCCAUGAAGUGGUUUGAUAGCUUGCCCCCUAAAUUUUCAAUCCAGAAAGACAAGGUCAAGUAUGCACCCAGUCUACUCGGAGUGAAACAAGAGGUCGGAGAACCCCUGAGGGAAUACAUGGAGAGAUUCAACAAAGCGUGCUUGGAGAUUCAAGACCUGCCUAAUAAGGCAGUGAUAAUGGGACUCGUGAAUGCUCUCCGAGAAGGACCUUCCUCUCAGUCCAUAUCAAAAAGACAUCCGACUUCCUUGAACGAUAUACAGGAGCGAGCAGAAAAGUACAUCAACAUGGAAGAAAAUGCCAGGUUACGAGAACCGAACUGGCGACUUAGGAACCCUCACCAAUCAAAGAAAAAGGAGAGGGAGCCCAAGAGGAAAGAAGAAGUCGGACCCGAGAAACCCAGAAGGUGUCAUAACAACACCCCGUUGAGGGCCUCCCUUGUAGAUGUAUACAGGAAAAUUUGCCACACCGAGAAGCUCCCUUCCCACCCCCUACCCCCGCAUGGAAGUCGUAAUAAGUAUUGUGAAUACCACAAGCUUUAUCGAAACUCAAAAAAUGAUUGCUAUGACCUAAAAAAUGUGAUAGAAAAGUUGGCUCGAGAAGGUCGACUGGACAGAUAUCUCACGGAAAGGCCAAGUAAUCAAGGAAAAAGGAAGAGAGACAAUGAAGACCUCGAACAGAGAGGUCCACCCCCACAAACUCUAGAGCGACAUGUUCACACGACCUCAGGUGGCUUUGCUGGAGGGGGACUUACUAAGUCGUCUCGGAAAAGACGCCUAAAAGAAGUCUAUCAAGUCAGAGAUGCUGGACUCGAACUCCCUACCAUCUCUUUCACCAAAGAGGAUGGACGAGGUAUCGUAUCUGGACAUGAUGACCCAGUAGUAAUCACCAUGAUCCUCGCCAAUGCUCACCUGUACAAAACUCUGGUAGAUCAAGGAAGCUCGGCUGACAUACUGUUCAAACCAGCAUUUGAUAAGCUGGGACUGGACAAGAAAGAGCUAAAAGCUUUUCCGGAUACCCUCUUUGGAUUAGGGGACACCCCCAUUAAGCCACUAGGCUUCUUUCCCCUGCACACGACUUUUGGAAGGGGACUGUAG